UGCAAGAUGGCCACGCAUCACAGGCAAAAUGCUGCUGGGCGGAGAAAAGUACAGGUGUCGUAUGUCAUUAGAGAUGAGGUGGAGAAGUACAAUCGCAAUGGGGUGAACGCACUCCAGCUGGACCCUGCGCUGAACCGGCUCUUCACCGCUGGAAGGGACUCUAUCAUCCGGAUAUGGAGUGUCUACCAGCACAAACAGGACCCGUACAUCGCCUCAAUGGAGCAUCAUACAGACUGGGUUAAUGACAUAGUUCUCUGCUGCAAUGGAAAAACAUUGAUAUCUGCCUCCUCGGAUACAACAGUGAAAGUAUGGAAUGCGCACAAAGGCUUCUGCAUGUCGACGUUACGAACACACAAAGAUUAUGUGAAAGCUUUGGCCUACGCUAAGGACAAGGAGCUGGUGGCAUCUGCAGGUCUGGACCGGCAGAUCUUUCUUUGGGAUGUGAACACACUAACGGCACUCACUGCUUCCAACAAUACUGUCACCACUUCGUCACUCAGUGGGAACAAGGACUCUAUCUACAGUCUGGCAAUGAACCAGAUGGGCACAGUUAUUGUAUCUGGAUCCACAGAAAAGGUUCUCAGAGUGUGGGAUCCACGAACAUGCGCAAAACUGAUGAAGCUGAAAGGUCACACAGACAACGUCAAGUCGUUGUUGUUGAAUCGAGAUGGCACUCAGUGCCUGUCGGGCAGUUCAGACGGGACCAUCCGCUUGUGGUCCCUCGGCCAACAAAGGUGCAUCGCCACCUACAGGGUGCACGAUGAAGGGGUGUGGGCCCUGCAGGUCAACGAGGCCUUCACACACGUAUAUUCUGGAGGCAGGGACAAAAAGAUCUACUGCACUGACCUGCGUAACCCAGACAUCCGUGUGCUCAUCUGUGAGGAGAAAGCCCCGGUGCUCAAAAUGGAACUGGACAGAUCUGCUGACCCACCUCCAGCAAUCUGGGUCUCUACCACCAAGUCAUCCGUUAAUAAAUGGUCUUUAAAGGGAAUGCACAACUUCAGAUCAUCAGGGGAGUACGACAACGACUGCAGCACCCCUCUGACACCACUGUGUACUCAACCGGAACAAGUCAUCAAGGGAGGUGCCAGUAUCAUACAGUGCCACAUUCUGAAUGACAAGAGACACAUACUAACCAAAGAUACCAACAACAAUGUGGCUUUCUGGGAUGUCUUGAAGGCUUGCAAGGGUGAAGAUUUGGGGAAAGUGGAGUUUGAUGAAGAGAUUAAAAAGCGCUUCAAGAUGGUCUACGUGCCAAAUUGGUUCUCUGUUGAUCUGAAAACUGGGAUGCUCACCAUUACACUGGACGAGAGCGACUGCUUCGCCGCCUGGGUGUCUGCAAAGGACGCCGGGUUUUCAAGCUCUGAUGGAUCUGACCCAAAGCUGAACCUGGGCGGACUUCUACUUCAGGCUCUGUUAGAGUUUUGGCCCAGAACUCGCAUCAACCCCAUGGACGAGGAAGAGAACGAGGUGAACCACGUGAAUGGAGAGCAGGAGAACAGGGUCCAGAAAGGAAACGGGUAUUUCCAGGUGCCGCCACACACGCCAGUCAUCUUCGGGGAAGCAGGAGGCAGAACUCUUUUUAGGUUGCUAUGUAGAGAUUCAGGAGGAGAGACAGAGUCGAUGCUGCUGAAUGAGACCGUUCCACAGUGGGUUAUUGAUAUAACUGUAGAUAAAAAUAUGCCCAAAUUCAACAAAAUCCCAUUCUACCUCCAGCCUCAUUCUUCCUCUGGUGCAAAAACUCUAAAGAAGGACCGCCUCUCGGCCAGUGACAUGCUGCAGGUGAGGAAGGUGAUGGAGCACGUUUACGAGAAGAUCAUCAACCUGGACAACGAGUCGCAGACCACAAGCUCCUCUGCCAACGACAAGCCCGGGGAGCAGGAGAAGGAGGAGGAUAUGGCCAUGCUAGCCGAGGAGAAGAUCGAGCUAAUGUGUCAAGACCAGGUUCUGGAUCCCAACAUGGACCUGCGAACAGUUAAACAUUUUAUCUGGAAGAGCGGAGGGGACUUGACGCUUCAUUAUAGGCAGAAGUCCACGUGAAAGUCCUGAAUUUUUAAAAAAACAACAACAACCAAGAACUCUUCGUCAUUUGCCAAUCACCACUCACCUCUGACAUGUAGUACCCUUAAAAAAAAAACCCAUUAUAUGGUCAAGAGUUGCAGUAUCCAAUGAGAAUCCAGAAAUAUUAGCGAAGACGUGGGCUCGCGGUGCGUCAUAGGGAACUCAACCAGAACAAAGGGCCGGAGCAGCCAAGAGACACCUGGGAGAUGAAUGGUCUGUCUUUUUUUUUUUUUUUAACAGUUGAAAGAAUGGACUCAUGUUUAUUUUUCACCACCACUCAACUGACUUUUUUUUUUUCUUUAGUUUUUUUUGUUAACAUCUCUUACCGCUACAUUUGUUUCUUUUCUCCCGAUUGGCUUUUUAAAAAAUUAUUUCAAAGCAAACUAAAUUCCAGUUCACGGUUGUGUGUGUGUGUGUGUGUGUGUGUGUGUAAAAUACGCACAUGGAUGUAGUAGACUUGUUUGUUCUAGUACAUUCCAGAAAACUGUCCUCGUUCUCCAAAACACUCCACCGUCUCAACAACUUCACCGGUUUCGGAGUUGCACUCGCUCUCUCUGGGUAGCAUCACGGUCCUCAUCUGUUCUGUUGUCGACAUCUUAACUUGAACUUUUAACCUCGGCUUAGACAUCUAAUUACUGCAGAGCUCGAAAACCUCAUUGACAGAAGCACUUGUCUUUGUCUUUCUUUUUAGCUGUGCUGUUGAAUGGACUGAAUGUUCUGUUUUUUUUCUCUUUUUUUUGUAAAUAUAUGUACAACUUUUUUUCUUUCUUUUGGAUUUAAGUGACUUUCUUUCGGUUUUGCAGCAGUUUUAUUUUGUUGUUGUACAGUUUACUGAAAAACCGAGUUUUGUUUUUUUUCCCCCAAAUCCCUGCAACACAUUCGAGGUCAUGAAGGUAAUUUGACUUGGAUGUUUAAAAAAAAAAAAAAAAAGAAAAAAAAUUGCAUUUGUUGUAUUCACUACAACCCAGAAAUUGCAGUUUACUCUUUAAGAAUGUUUAUAGUUGUCCAAGUCAUCUUAGCAAUUGGGGAAAUUAUAUAUAAGGUAUAUAUCUAACAGUAACUCAUGCUUACUCGCUCUGUGCUCGGGUCACGAGCAGUGACUCUGACAACAGCGAGGGCUGUUCCUUAAUGUAUAUUUCAGUUAGAUUAAAUAGUUCAAUUAAACAUGAAUAUAACUUGAAGGAUAAACCUCAUCCGAAGAGAAACAUACAAAUAUUCAACCACUGUGGGAAGUUCACCAAAGUCAAAUAAAUGGUAAUACUCAUUUCUGUCUUGGUGUGUCACCAAAAAACAAAGAGCACCAGAUCUUUUCAUUGUAAAAUUUGAUGUUUUUUUUUUUUUUUUAUUGCCAUGAAGAGAGUGUUUUAACGCUAUAGUGGGAACACAUUGAGUGAGCUCUAAUUGGCCAAAACAGGAUGGGUACCAUAAUUAGGCCAUAACACUGCAAUAUCCCUUGUUGUAAUAAUUUGUGAAAUAUGUAUAUUUUAGGCAUUGAAGGAAAUAAAUUGGAAUGGUUUAACAAUGAGAGAUUAAUGAGGGGGGGGGAAUUAUAAUGUGGAUGUGUUUGGAGUUGUAAUGUGUUGAGCUGAUGAGUGGAAUAAGAAAAAACAAAAAGGGACAGUUUCUUCUUUUUUUUUUUUAAAGUGAUAUGAUUGUUUAACCAUCAAAGAUUCACCCAUUUCACAUUCAUCAGAAGACUCUGCACUCAUUCCUAAUAAAACAUACAAUGCAUUGAUAAAAUAUCUGCAAAAAUACUUUUCCUUAUUUUACACACUAGCACCUACUUUAGAGAGUG